GAAGAAGAAGAAGAAGAAGAAGAAGAAGAAGAAGAAGAAGAAGAAGAAGAAGAAGAAGAAGAAGAAGAAAGGAAGGAUCAGCCUGAAAGAGAGAGAGAGAGAGAGAGAGAGAGAGGG